UGUAUAACUUCACCAAGGUUCAAGGCUGUGCUGCGUGAAGGGAAAGGAUCAGCUAAUCACUCCUGUCGAGAAAAGUCGAGUUCACUGUCAACAGAACGUCACUCGCCACCGCGGCAGCAGGAGGAUAAUUGUAUUUAAGUCACAAGGGAACUGAGCAUUAUAUUUUCCUUUGAAAACAACCAUGUCAUCAACAUCCCCAGCAAUUGAUACGGACUGUAUCACCCUGACGAGAUUCGUUUUAGAGGAACAACGCAAAUACCCCUCAGCAACAGGCGAUCUCACUCAGCUGUUGAAUGCGAUUCUGACAGCGAUCAAGGCAAUCUCCACAGCCGUGCGAAAGGCCGGAAUCCAUCAUCUCUAUGGCAUUUCUGGUUCUUCCAAUUCGACCGGGGACACUGUGAAGAAACUGGAUGUGUUGUCCAAUGAUCUCUUCAUCAACAUGCUCCGCUCUUCCUACACAACCUGCUUGUUGGUGUCAGAGGAGAAUGAGAAUGUGAUUGAAAUUGAGGAUGAGAAUAAGGGCAAGUAUAUUGUGUGUUUUGACCCUCUUGAUGGUUCUUCAAACAUUGACUGCCUUGUUUCCAUCGGCUCAAUUUUUGGAAUCUACAGAAAGCUGACAGAUGGACCUGCCACCGUGAAUGAUGCCCUGCAAUCAGGCACUCAACUUGUCGCUGCUGGCUAUGCUCUGUAUGGCAGUGCCACCAUGGUGGUUUUGUCAUUGGGGCAAGGAGUCAACACUUUCAUGCUUGACCCGUCCAUUGGAGAGUUUUUGCUGACUGAGAGAAACUUGAAAAUCAAACCAAGAGGAAAGAUUUACAGCAUCAAUGAAGGAUAUGAACAGUACUGGGAUGAGGCUACGCGUCAGUACGUCAUCAGCAAAAAGAGGCCGCAGAAUGGUAAACCUUAUGGAGCUCGGUAUAUUGGAUCUAUGGUUGCUGAUGUUCACCGUACUUUGUGUUAUGGUGGAAUCUUCAUGUACCCAGCAACGACUCAAGCACCUAAAGGGAAACUGCGUCUGAUGUAUGAAGGUAACCCUAUGGCAUUCAUCGUGGAACAAGCUGGGGGUGCAGCUAUUACAGGCAAGCAGCGAAUUUUGGACAUUGUGCCGACGAACAUUCAUGAGAGGUGCCCUGUCUUCAUGGGCUCUGUCGAGGAUGUGAAAGAUAUUGAAGAGUUCUACAAAAAAUACAGCAGCUAAAUCAUCAUGGUAUGGUAAUUCCAUUUUAUAACCAAACACCUGCCUUUACAUCAGGGUUCCUAGUUUAUCAGCAGUGUAUUUCGCAUGUGCUGAAGCUAUCAUAUAUACAACUGUACAUUUUAUCUUGUAUCUGACUGAGAUUUACAAAUAACGAAAUUACUUAUAAUUGGGCUUGAAAUGUAAUGUACCCAACUAUGAUUUGCAUUUCAAUUUUUUUAAAAGUAUCUAGCAUGAUUUUUUUUUUACUUUGUACUUAUAUCUUUAUGAAAGGAGAAUGACAAAUAAAAGAAUUAAAUUUGAAUGGCUGUCCUGUUUGUGGGCACUGAUUUCUUCUACUUCAGUUCUAUGAUUUGUGUUCACUUCUAUCUUUAGUUUGUGUUCACUUCUAUCUUUAGUUUGUGUUCAAUCAUACUUGUUCUCUUUGUUCGCUGCAUUGAUUUUUUUUUUUCAGAAGAAUUUUUUCUUUUUCCAUCCGAAGAAGUAAUAUACCUGCCUUUAUAUUGGUGCAAAGCAAAUUUGUCUUCAUUUUUUGUAUAUAUAUUAUAAAUAUAUGUUGCUUUGUGGAAACAUAACCAGAGACACUGUGGCUGCAGUUGCAUUAUAUUAAUGUUCUACUAUGCAAAGUUUUUGAAAGAUAUAUGUUCUUGUUGUGAUGAUACUGUUUUUAAAAAAAUUUUGUUUGGAAUUUAUACCAGUUCCUUUAUGAUUCCUUGAGUCAAAAAUGUGAUUUAAUAUAGAGAAAAUUAGAGACAGCUGAGCAGACUUCGAAAUAAACAACAGAGAUAAUUUUUUAAAAUCCUGUACAAAUGUA